CAGCUCCUCCUGAGCAACAGAACCUCCUGCUGUCAACAUGGCCUCCGGUUACCCAACUCCCUUUGAGGGUGCAGGUGAAGUGAAGGAGGGUUUCCUGUGCCCGCUGUGCCUAAAGGACCUUCAGUCGUUCUUCCAGCUCCAAGGACACUACGAGGAGGAGCACUCAGGAGACGAUCGUCAAAUUCGAGGACAGCUUAAAAAUUUGGUUCAGAAGGCAAAGAAAGCCAAAGAUAAAUUGUUGAAGCGAGAUGGGGAUGACAGACCGGACGCUGGCAGUUAUGAGUCUUUCUACUAUGGUGGAGUGGACCCGUAUAUGUGGGAACCUCAGGAACUGGGAGCAACUCGAAGUCACCUGGACUAUUUUAAGAAACACAGAGCAGCCCGGAUUGAUCAUUAUGUCAUUGAGGUCAACAAGCUCAUUAUCAGGCUGGAAAAGCUGACAGCGUUUGACAGAACCAACUCAGACUCUGCUAAAAUCAGAGCCAUUGAGAAAUCUGUAGUGUCCUGGGUAAACGACUCGGACGUCCCAUUCUGCCCUGACUGUGGGAACAAGUUCAGCAUCCGAAACAGGCGGCAUCACUGUCGUCUCUGUGGAUCCAUCAUGUGUAGGAGGUGCAUGGAGUUUGUUCCACUUCCUUUGGCCCAGAAGCUUAUUAGUGGGACCCGAGAGGCCCUGUGUGUUCCUGGAAGUCCUGGUCAGACCCUCUCUCAGCCAACAGGAGGGGUUGGCAGCGGCAUGGGCUCGAGGAGAGGCAGCAUCAGCAGCUUGAGCAGCGUUGCCUCCAUACUGGAAGAAAAAGACGACGAGAAGAUCCGCUGCUGUCAUCACUGUAUGGACACGCUGCUGAAGAGACAGCAGAAGCUGGAAGAGAAAGAACAUGUUCCCGUCGUAGUAAAACUUUAUGAGAGGCUGAGGAUGUGCAUGGAGAAGGUCGAUGAAAAGGCUCCAGAGUAUAUUCGAAUGGCAGAGUCUCUCAAUGCCGGAGAAAUCACGUAUAAUCUCGACACAGCAGGUGGACUGAGACUGGAAGUCCAGAAAUACUACGAGCUAAUUGAUGCUCUCAGUAAAAAGAUUUUAACACUGGGAGUUAAAAAUGAGCCUCCGCCACACCCAAAAGUGCUCCAACUACAGAGGAUGAUACGCUACACUGCAACACUGUUUGUCCAGGAGAAGCUGCUGGGCCUGAUGUCUUUACCCACUAAAGAGAAAUAUGAAGAGCUGAAAGAAAAGAGGAAACGGGACCAAGAGAAAAGACUCCAACAAGAGAGACUGGCGUCCCAGGAGUCUUUAAGGAGGAGGCAAGAGUUUGAGAAGAAUCGUCCACCAGCCAAUGGAGAGCUGCCCCAGGCUCCUAGAGAACCACGCAUGACCAAAGCUGGUGGUUGGUUGCCCUCAGCAGACUCCGUUCACAUACGCAGCGAGCUGGAGGACCCCCUCCUGCAGCAGAUUGAAAACAUUCAGUCGUUCCUUCGUCAGGCUCGCGAGGCCCAAAGAGCAGAUGAGGUAGCCAUGUUGGAGGAGAACUUGCGUCAGCUGCAGGAAGAAUACGACCAGCAGCAGACCAGCCUUGCCAUUGCUCUCUCCGAGCAGCAAGCUAAGGAGGAGCGUUUACAGCGGGGGGAGCUUCAGCGUCUAGAGGCUCAGGAACGGGAGCAGAGAGAGUACUGGGGCUCCACCCAGCUGUCGUUUACCUGUGAGCCCUCUCUGGAUGUCAGCCCAGCGGGGAGCUACCAGGUGGAGGAGAACACCGCAGCAGAGGUCCAGAUUUGUAAAGCUGAUGGGAGUCCAUCAGCUAUAAGAGCGUACCCUAAUCUCACAUCCCAGGAGGAGUCUCCUCCCAGAUUAAGAAGCUUAGGAGGACACAUAACCCCACCAAGCAGUGAAGGCCUGAGCAACACCUCCCUUAACCCGUUUGAGGAGGAGGACUCUACACCCACUGAGGAAGAUUCAUCCAAUCCCUUCUUUGAAGACAUCAAGAAGGAGCACAAGGAAGUAACCAACGGGAAGAAAGAGUACAACCCCUUUGAUGAAGACGACCAACAGGCGGAGGCUGCAGCCGCUGGGAACCCCUUUGAGGAUGAUGAUGCCAGUGCAGGUAACCCCUUCAUGGAUGCCUCUGAGAAUUCUCCAGAGGACUCGAACAACCCCUUUCACACGGACGACGACGAGGUUUUGCCCGAUGUGGACAUGAUCGAGGAGGAACUGUUGCUGCAGCAAAUCGACAACAUUAGGGCUUACAUCUUCGAUGCAAAGCUCAGCGGGCGACUUGACGAGGUCGAGCUUUUGUCUGAGAAUCUAAGAGAGCUGCAGCGCACUCUACAGGAACAGAAGAAAAAGAAACACUGACACGUUUUAGCCCUCAAUCACCGGCUACUUACCAAGUCACACAAGGCUAGUUCACUUUACACAACUAACAACUUUACGUUAGUUUGGCUUAGUUCUGCUGCACCC